AUGCCAUCAGAGCAUAGGGCGAGAUUCUAUAUGCUCACUGUAGUUUCGAUACAUAUAGAUCAGCUUGUCAGGUAUAUAGACGACCACUAUACUCGGUACGGACUUUUUGCAAUCUACGAGUAUAACUGGUUUGUCAAGCGGAUCAACAACGCCCACUUUGUCAUGUCCCCACCUAUAUGCACAACAGUACAGUCAUCUGCAAAUAGCGUUUCACUGCGAGAAUGUCUUCUUGGUGUCUCAUCCACUUGUCUAUCCUUGAACGGGCCUAAGAUCAUUGAUCCUACCGCUAUUGCUGCGAGUUACACAGCCCUUUCACCUGCCACCCUUCACGGGGUUGGCCCUCGACCGUGUGUUUCGCAAGUCAAUUUCUACAUGAAGCAAAAUUAUACGCGCUACGGUUUUAUUAUAACCGAUCGUGAACUUGUCGCUAUCCGGCGGCUCGAUAGAAAUGGCAAUUUGGAUCUAAAGAAAGUAUAA